UGCGCCGCUGAAUGGUCCAUGAGAUGCUUUUCUGAAAAGGGAUUCUGCAGCAUCCUCUCCCAGGGAAUAUUAUCUGCAGCCCGGGGACUGGGGCCUGGGAAGGGACCCGGGGGCCCCAAUGACCUCUGCAUUGCAGCACAGCAUUGCUCUGCCCGGGAGACCCGGAGGGAGACUGUGACAUUGUGUGGCCCUAUGAUGGUGAAGUUGUGAUGGCAAAUGUGAGCCCAGAGCUGGACAACAUGGAGGUGCAGACGCCUCCGAAUAACAACAAUCGUUGGGAUCAGACUGAGCAUCCAUGGGAUGAACCUGCAGCCUCCGGGAAGUUGUUUGAGUGCUCCAGGAUCAAAGCUUUGGCGGAUGAACGAGAUGCAGUUCAGAAGAAAACAUUUACCAAGUGGAUGAAUUCUCAUCUCUCAAAAGUUCCAUGUCGUGUGAAUGACCUGUAUAGUGACUUGCGAGAUGGCUACGUCAUCACCAAACUGCUGGAAGUGCUUUCCGGGGAACAGCUGCCUAAACCUACUCGAGGCCGGAUGAGAAUUCACUCUUUGGAAAAUGUGGACAAAGCCCUUCAGUUUCUUAAGGAGCAGCGGGUACAUCUAGAGAAUGUAGGAUCCCAUGAUAUCGUAGAUGGAAAUCACCGGCUGACACUGGGCCUGGUCUGGACCAUUAUUCUUCGUUUUCAGAUCCAAGUAAUAAAGAUAGAAACUGAAGACAACCGUGAGACAAGGUCAGCAAAGGAUGCCCUCCUCCUGUGGUGUCAGAUGAAGACGGCAGGCUAUCCUGAGGUCAGUAUCCAGAACUUUACUACGAGCUGGAGAGAUGGGCUGGCAUUCAGCGCUCUGAUCCACAGGCAUAGACCAGAUUUAAUAGACUUUAGCCGGCUGACCAAGUCAAAUGCUACCUAUAAUCUCCAGCAAGCCUUCAAUACGGCCGAGCAACAGCUGGGACUGAUCAAACUGCUGGACCCUGAAGAUAUUUACACAGAAAAUCCAGAUGAAAAAUCCAUCAUCACAUACGUAGUGUCUUUCUAUCAUUACUUCUCCAAGAUGAAGGCUCUGGCUGUAGAGGGCAAGCGCAUUGGAAAGGUGCUGGACCAAGCCAUCGAGACUGAGAAGGACAUCAACAGAUAUGAGGCCCUGGCAUCAGAACUGCUCGAGUGGAUUGAGAGGACCAUAUCCAUCAUCACAAAUCAGAAGUUUGCAAACUCCUUGCUGGGUGUCCAGCAGCAGCUCCAGGCAUUCACCACAUACUGCACCACAGAAAAACCAUGCAAGUUUCAGGAGAAAGGGAAUUUGGAAGUUCUUCUUUUCACCAUUCACAGUAAGAUGAGGGAAGAGAAACGUAAGCUCUACGUGCCAUCCGAGGGGAAGAACAUCUUCGAUAUCAACAAGGCCUGGACGCGGCUGGAGAAGGCAGAACAUGAGCGGGAGGUUUCUCUUCGGAAUGAACUUAUACGUCAGGAGAAGCUAGAACUACUGUCACAGAGGUUUGAUCAAAAAGCAGCCAUGAGGGAGGCAUGGCUGAGCGAGAACCAGCGGCUCGUGUCCCAGGAUAAUUUUGGUUAUGACCUGUCUGCCGUGGAGGCUGCCAUGAAGAAACAUGAAGCCAUUGAGGCAGAUAUUUCUUCCUACGAGGAGCGGAUCCAGGUGGUGGCUGACCUGGCUCAGGAGAUGGAGUCAGAAGGAUAUUAUGAUAUCUGCAGGAUAGCCGCUCAGAAGGAGAACAUCCUGAGACAAUGGAACCUACUGAAAGAGCUGCUCAGUGCAAGAAGAGCAAGACUGGAGAGGAACCUGGCUCUGCAGAAAAUAUUCCAGGAGAUGGUUUACAUGAUAGACUGGAUGGAUGAGAUGCAGGUUUCCUUGUCCUCUAAAGAUUUUGGAAAACAUCUAUUGGAAGUGGAAGAUCUUUUACAAAAACACAACCUGCUGGAGGCCGACAUCGCUGUCCAGACUGAAAGAGUCAACUCCCUAAACCAGUCUGCUCUGAAAUUCACACAGUAUGCAGAUUACCAGCCUUGUGACCCCCAGAUCAUCUGCAACCGGGUAGAACACGUUAAGAGCUGUCUGGAAGGACUUCGCCAGUUGGCAGAGAAACGGCGGGGCGAGUUGGAGGAAUCAAAGCGUCUUUGGUGCUUUCUUCAAGAAGUGGAGGAGGCUGAGGGGUUGAUUCGAGAGAAGGAACAGAUUCUUGCUACACCACAAAAUUAUGGAAAGGAUCUGAGCAGCGUCCUACGACUACUGAGUAAACACAAGAUUCUGGUGGGGGAGCUUGGAGGAAGAUUUACCAUGCUACAGCAGACCCUCCAAAAAGGGGAGCAGGUGCUAACAAAGAGGCGGAGAGGUAUGUCUGGGCUUCGCCAGCGAAUGCAAGAGGUGAAGCAGAAAUGGGAAAACCUUGAGAAGGCUUGCAAUGCUCAUCAGCAGAAACUACAAGAAGCCUCCAACUUCCAUCAGUUCAAUGCAGACACCGGAGAGCUUGCCGGUUGGUUGCAGGACACCUAUCGCCUGGUGUCCAGUGACGAUUUCGGGCAUGAUGAGUUCUCCACCCAGUCUUUGGUCAAGAAACAUCGAGCAGCUAUGGAGGAGAUAGAAAAGCACAGAGCCACUGUGCUGGGAUUGAGGAAACAGUUAUCAGAACUGGGAGCCGAGUACAGAGACCAGGUGGAUGUGCAGAUCAGUAUUGUGGAGGUGGAGCAGCUUUAUGGGGAGGUGGUAGAAGUGGCCUCCUUACGGAGUCAGUGGCUUCAGGACGCAUUAGAUGUCUACAAAAUGUUUGGGGAAGUUAACGCCUGUGAGGUGUGGAUAGAUGAGAAAGAGCAAUGGCUAGUGAAGAUGGAGAUCCCUCAGAGACUGGAAGAUGUGGAGGUUGUUCAGCACAGAUUCGAGAGUCUGGACCAGGAGAUGAACAGUCUAAUGGGCCGGGUGCUGGACGUCAACCAGAUUGUGCAGCAGCUGCUGGAGGGGGGACAUCCCAGCUCAUCAGAGGUCCGGGCCUGUCAGGAUCACUUAAACAGCAGGUGGAACCGUAUUGUGGAACUAGUAGAGCAGAGAAAGGAACAACUUUCCUCUGUCCUUCGCUUACAGAACUAUUUCCUAGAAUGCAAUGAGGUAAAGUCACAGAUCCGCGAGAAGAGGAAAGCCAUGGAGACCUCGCAGUGUGGCAGUGGGGAGCUGGGUGGGGUUCUUGCCCUACAGAGGAAGCUUUCCAGCAUGGAGGCAGCAUUGGUGGCUCUUGAACCCAAGUUGGUCCAGUUACAGCAAGACGCAGAGGUUCUUGCCACCUGCCACCCUUCCCAGGCCAUGGAGGUGCUUGUGCACUUUGAAGAAAUUAGUGGAGAAUGGGAGGCUCUUAAGAGAACCUUACAGGGGUGUGAGGAUUCCCUCACUGUGGCCAGCAAGCUACAGCACUUUAUCCAGGAUCUCGACAACUUUCUCACCUGGUUGGUUAAAACACAAACUGCCGUCGCUACUGAAGAGCUGCCGUCCAACCUUAUGGAGGCCGAGAGGCUGUUAGGACUUCAUGGAUCAAUGAAGGAAGAGAUCAAUAGAUAUGAGGAGGACUACAACAAGAUUCAGGCAGUCAGCGAUCUUCUCAGUUUGGAGGAAACUGACCUCCCAUACCUGUCCCUCCAGCAGUGGCUGCAGAAGCUGGAAGUAGGAUGGAACAAGCUGAUCCAGAUGUGGGAAAACAGACGGGAAGUCCUGGUCCAGUCCCACAUCUUUCAUCUAUUUUUGAGAGAUGUUAAACAGGCUGAGGCAUGCCUUAAUAACCAGGAAUCGGCUUUGGCUCAUGUUGAGUUACCUAAUACUGUGGAGGGGGUAGAAGUUGCCAUCAAGAAACACAAAGAUUUCCUGACCACCAUGGAGAUGAAUUUACAGAAAGUCACGGUGGCGGUCGAAGCAGGAGAGAGCUUGAUACGGCUUGGGAAUGUCUUUGCAGAUCGGGUUCAGGACAGGAUUGGAGCCAUUCAGAAGAGGAGCCAACGUAACAUGGCCCUCGCUCAUAAAUGGCUGCAAAGACUGAAAGACCACCUACAGCUGCAGCACUUUCUGCAGGACUGCAAUGAGCUGGAUGCUUGGAUCAGCGAAAAAACACUGAUGGCUCGUGAUAACUCGCGGGACGUGACUCAGAAACUCCACAAAAAAUGGCUCAAGCACCAGGCGUUUAUGGCUGAAUUGUCUCAGAAUAAAGGCUGGCUGGACAAGAUCGAAAAGGAAGGAAACCACCUUAUCCAGGAGAAGCCGGAGUUGGCCGGUGUGGUGAAGAAGAAGAUAGAAGAGAUCCGGCAAUGUUGGGUGGAGCUCGAAUCCAGUACACAAGCCAAGGCCCAGCAGCUCUUCCAGACUAGUAAGGCCGAACUGGUGGUGCAAAAUUAUACAGACCUGGGCAAAAGACUUCAUAAGCUGGAAGAGCAACUGCAACCUGUGGAACACUUUCCGGAUGUAUCCACUGUUAAUACUCAACUGAAGAAGCUGGAGACCAUGGAGUCACAGAUGGAGGAAUGGUACAAGGAGGUCGGAGAGCUGCAAGCACAGAUUGCCUCUCUCCCCCUGGAUGUGGUAAGCCAAGAGUCUGUGGAUGAAAAGCAGAAUGAGGUCGGAACUAGGAUUGUGCGUUUGAUCGAGCCCUUAAAAGAGAGAAGACGAAUCCUCCUAGCCUCUAAGGAGGUGCAUCAAGUCACCCGGGACCUGGAAGAUGAAAUUUGCUGGGUACAGGAAAGGCUUCCUCUCUCAACGUCAAAAGAUCACGGCAGUAACUUACAGACCGUACAGCAACUUAUCAAGAAAAACCAGAACCUGAGGAGAGAGAUUCAGGUACAUUCCCCACGAGUGGACGACAUCUUGGAGCGAGCGGGUGCCAUUGCCAGUAUUCGGACUCCGGAGGCGGAAGGGGUCCGCAUGGGGUUUGAGAGUCUGCGGGAGAUGUGGGAUGUGCUGCGGGAGGAGACGGAGAGGCGGCAGCAGCUUCUGGACAUCAACUACCAGGUGCAGCAGUAUUAUUUCGAUGUGGGCGAAGUGGAAACCUGGUUGAGUGAGCAAGAGCUUGUCAUGAUGAACGACGAGAAGGGAAAGGAUGAGCAGAGCACACUACAGCUUCUGAAGAAGCACCUUAUGGUGGAACAGACCAUUGAGAACUACGAGGAGACAAUAGCUCAGUUGUCUCGGCAGUGUCGCAGUCUCCUAGAUCUGGGGCACCCCGACAGUGAGCAGAUAAGUAGGCGUCAAUCUCAGAUUGAUCGGCUCUACGUGUCUCUGAAGGACCUGGUCGAGGAGCGAAAAGGACGUCUUGAGCAGCAGUAUUGGCUCUUCCAGUUGAGUCGAGAGGUGGAUGAAUUGGAGCAGUGGAUUGCAGAGAAGGAGGUGGUGGCAGGGUCUCCAGAACUGGGCCAAGAUUAUGAGCACGUAACACUUCUUCAAGAAAAGUUCACCGAGUUUGUGAGUGAGACGGGCAGCAUUGGGCACGAACGCAUCUCUGCCGUCAAUCAGAUGGUGGAUGAGCUCAUAGACUAUGGACAUUCGGAUGCAGCCACAAUAGCAGAAUGGAAAGAUGGAGUAAAUGAGGCCUGGGCGGACUUACUAGAAUUAAUGGAAACUAGGGCCCAGAUGCUUUCUGCUUCCCAUGAGUUACAUAAGUUCUUCAAUGAUUGCAAAGAGGUCUUGUCCCAAGUGGAGGAGAAGAAGCAGAGGGUGCCGGAGGUGAAGGCGCAGGAAGCUCGGCUCUCAGCUGGCUCCUUGCAGCGUAUACUUAGUUCAUUUGAACAUGACAUUCAGGUCCUUGUCACUCAGGUACGGCAGCUGCAGGAAAAUGCUGCACAGCUGCGAACAGUCUAUGCUGGUGAGAAUGCAGCCGCCAUAGUCACCAGCGAACAGGAAGUGAUGCGAUCCUGGAAGGAACUCCUGACCUCAUGUGAAGACUGCAGGCUGCAGAUCACCACCACCAGUGAUCGCAUGAAGUUCCUAGGUCUUGUGAGGGAUCUCAUCUCCUGGAUGGAUAGCAUUAUAUGCCAAAUUGGCACUGGAGAGAAGCCCAGAGAUGUGUCUUCCGUGGAAGUUCUAAUAAGCUACCAUCAAGGAUUAAAGAGUGAAAUGGAGGCCCGAAAUAAGCGUAUUGCAGAUUGUGUGGAACUUGGAAAGUCUUUAGUCCUGAACAAGAGGCCGGCAACAGAAGAAAUCAAGCAGAGUCUGGACAGACUGAUGGCCAAGAAGAGAGAGAUGUUGGACAAAUGGCAGAAGCACUGGGAGUGGCUGCAGCAAAUGCUUGAAGUCCACCAAUUUGCCCAGGAAGCCGGGGUGGCUGAAGCCUGGCUAACAGCACAGGAACCCAUAGUGAAGAGCCCAGUGCUGGGAAACAGCGUGGACGAGGUGGAGCAGCUUAUUCGAAGACACGAAGCCUUCCGUAAGACAGCAGCAGCUUGGGAAGAGAGAUUCAGCUCGCUGAGGCGGCUUACUACACUGGAGAAGAUGAAAGCAGAGCAGAGCAAACAACCAGCAACCCCACUCCUUGGCCGUAAAGUUUUCUCCGAUACAACUGACUUUUCCACACGACCGUCACCCCUUGUACAUCAGACAAUUCAUGACAAGUCAGAAACAAAAGCAGAACAAAUGGACACGUUGUCCAUCCCUAAUGGGGUCCAGAUGGAUAGUCACAGAACAAGGGCAGAAAAGGCAGAGGCCAGAGUGGGUUAUGUACGGCAGGAGAUGAAACCAGAAAGACUGCAACCAAAGAUCGACCAUGUAGAGGCCAGGGUAACAGAGAAAGCACCUCUUACCCAGGAAGGGUCCAGGGUGGAGCGUUCAGAAAUAAAAGCUGCACAGGGUAUGGCCGAGGGUAAAUCAAGUCGUUACGUGGAGCGGCGGAGAGAUCGACAUGAUCGCCGGCUAGAACGUCAGGAGUCCAGUGAGCAGGAGGUUCCUAAACCGGAGCAGCUAGAGGAGAAGAGAAGGAGAGACAGACAUGACAAGAGGCUGGAAAGACAGGGAUCCAGUGAGCAAGAGACCCCAAAACAUGACCUUCCCGAAAGGAGGAGAGAAAGGCACGAGAGGAGGCUAGAGAAACAAGAGUCCAGCGAGCAAGAAACACCAAAAAAUGAACCUGACAGGCAAGGAGGAAAGGCGACACUUGCAGACAUUGUUGAGCAGCUACAGGAAAAGGAAGCGUCACAGAAUAACACUCCAAGUAGAGAUUCUCCCGCACGGUUACCUAAUGGAAUAGAAAAGCUCCCAGAAAGGACAACAAGACCUGACCGGCCAAGAGCAAGAGACAGGCCGAAGCCCAGGAGAAGACCUAGACCCAAGGACCCAAACCAACCGCCGGGCGAAGCUCGGAGAUCCCGCUCAGCCCCUGCACAGAGCAACGCACCGCCUCCACCUCCCCCCACCCAUACAGUACAACAAGAAGGAUACCUCUUCAGGAAACAUGAGUUGGAUGGUCCAAGUAAAAAGGCCUCAAAUAGGUCCUGGGUAAACCUGUACUGUGUGCUAAACAAAGGGGACCUGGGGGUCUAUAAGGAUGCAAAGAGUCAGAGUUCAGGGGCUACACAUGGGGGGGAACCCCUGCUCAAUCUGCACGGAGCUACCUGUGAGGUGGCGAAUGAGUACAAAAAGAAGAAGUUUGUCUUCAAGCUCAGGUCGACAGAUGGGAGAGAAUUCCUCUUUCAAGCGAAAGAUGAGGAGGAGAUGAAAAACUGGAUUGCGGCUGUAGCCACUUGUGUCACUGAACAUGGCGAAAUAGCCAAAUGGAGCCAGACCCUCCUUACUACCUCCUCCACAGAUGAAGGCAACAUAAAAAGAGAGUCUGACCGCAGAUCCAGUGCCGGGGGCCGUAAGAAGUGAAGCACCAGGGGGAGCGCGGAGCUUCCUAUGAACCCCUCCUUUUCUACUUCUUCCGCCUUCGGGUUGAUCCGGGAGCAGAACACACACAGCGAUAACCUUUCCAGACCUUAUUUCUACAGGUGGUCUGACAAAGCCUUCUGAAAUGUUUUGGAACUGAAUCUUGAUGUCUAUGCAUUUCCUGAACAUAGUUUUCCUUCCCCCCCAAAAAAAACUUGUGUUACAAUUUUAUCCUGAAACUUCCAUCCUACAACAUUCCCUCUUGGUUCCUCUGGGGCCCAUUGGGUAUAAUGUAUCUUAGAGUCUGGUGAACAUGCAUAUAUAUGGCCCAAACUCUUACCGUGUAGCAAACAGCCUACGCCUCUAGUACACAAAAUGUGUUGGGAACACAGGCUCUCACCACCAGGGACCAUAUGUGGUCUGGUCAAUAGAGAAGAACCUGAGAACUUUGGGUAUAAGACAUCUGAAUUCCUUAUUUCCCCUCUGAAAUCAGGAUGGGCUGAGACUGUAGAAGAGCACAGACAUUACGGGUGUAGGAGAGGACAUAGGUUCUAGUCUUGUAUUACCUGUCACAGGAGUUCAGGAGAGGACUUCAGAAAACUCUUUACAGUGCAAUAGUUGAGGAGCUGCUAAAUAAUUGUGUGUUCUUAGGGAAAACAUCUGACGCAGAGUCAUUUCCUGUCACAAAUCGCCAUUAAAGGGAUACUCCGGCGCUUAGACAUCUUCCCUGUCCAAAGGAUAGGGGAUAAGAUGCCUGAUCGCUGGGGACCCCCGUGAUCUUGCACGCCGCACCCCGUUACAAUCAGUUUCCGGAGCACGUUU